CCGUGACAACCGCAGCGCCCAGCGUCUAACUUUUCCCAGGGUUUCCAGUUUUCCACAGCAAACUAGGGUGACGUGCGCUCUAUUUGCGAAGUCUAAAAUGUAUUGCUGCGAUUGACCUUGUCGAACACGAUGUAGGUGGUAUGCUGGGCAGCAUUAUGACAUUCGGCGGAACCAACGCGGCGCGAGAAUGCAACUACCCCGUGACAUCGGUCUCGCACCUGUAUGGAUGGAUUGGACGCUUGAGGGAGUUCGCAGACGUAGCCUCGGACGUCCGGUCCUACGCGGGAAGCUACGGGCUUAAAAAGCAACACGCGGAUUUCUCCUUGAGCAUCGACCGAGACCAACCAUAGCAAACAAGACACUCACCCAUCCCUCUAUAUCACACGGCAUAUAUCCACUUGGUAACAUCAAACCCCCCGCGCGACGACAUCGAAAAUGCUGGGACGCGCGCUCCUCACCAUCGACUGCGUCGGCCUGCUGUUCGGCGCCAUCAUUGCCGACUUCAACGAGACGCACAUCUACAACCCGCGGUGGCCGCCGCACGCCAGGUUCCACAACGGCCAGACCAUGAGCCUGUCUGUCAUCCUGGGGCUCGCGACCCUCUUCUACACCUGGCGCCCUUACCUGUCGUCGGGCGCGGGCGCCGUGUCGGCCGAGCUGUCCCGGGACUCGCUCCGGGUCGCGGCCUUUACGGGCUCCAUCUACUGGAUCGCCGGCCUGGCCGCCUACUUCUUCCCCGGGGCCGACGGCCUGGACCCGGAGUUUGGUGGCCCGGGGUUCCCGCAAAAGUGGAUAUUCAUGGGCUUCGGCCUCUGCGGCCUGCUGGGCGGCACCGUCCUGGCGCCGAGGAAGUGAGCGGGCGCCCUUCGUUGGCGAAUGGGUUGGUUGGGUCGGACGAAGGGAAUACGGGGGGGCGGGGUUGCGAGUCCGGCGGUUUGCUACUGCACGUCUGGGACGUCGCUGUAUAGAUUGCUGUCGCGCAUUGGGGUUUGAGGGAGCUCAUGAUGCGACGGGCUGGGCGCCUUUUUGUGUCAAACCUGGGUUUCGGUAUUGGGUCGAUGCCGACUGCCAUAAAAGGAAAACAUUUACGGUUCUAAUGUCUAAUCCAUCAGUGUGUUGUGCACAAAGUCGGCAGCAUUCGAGACCGAGACCGACCGGAUUUUCCCCUCGGAUUUUCCCCUCGCGCAUUGUUCAGGCGCCCCAAGUUGGACUGGUGCUGUAGUUAGAGCAACCCGACCAGGCCACGUCACAAAAGGCCCAAGCGAGCCCCUUUUAUCGCGUGUUGAGCGGCGGACCCUCAGAAACAGAAACAGCUCCAUUGUAUGUAAGCAUAACUUCAAUGUCGUCAGCACCAUCGGAUGUGGGCUGGAGCCGUUUUGGCGGUAAACAUGCUUUCUUUACAAUGGAGCAUUGCUCCACAAGGC